GUAGCGUUUCACGUUUUCUACUCCAAUUAGUAUUAGAAUUCUGAAAACCUAGCCGAUCGAUCAAACUAAAUAUCCCUCUAUAAAUUCCAACUUUUUCCCGAUCAAAAUUAUAGAAACCAAAAAAAAGUCACAUCUUCCUAAAUCCAAAAACCCCAAAUCUUCAACGAUUUCUGCUGAGGGUUUCUCCAGCCAUGGAUUCCGAUGAUAAUUUGGAUUAUUACGACAGUGAUUACGAAAAUCAGUACAGUGAUGAUUCCGACGACACGGCCAAUUUGUAUGAUGAUGAAGAAGAUGAUUCUGCUGUUAAUCCCGAUGAUAAUUCCAAAUCCGUGAAAACCUUUACAGUAUUGCAAGAAGACGACAUCAACAAACGGCAAGAAGACCAAAUCUCUCAUGCUUCCCUAAUUCUAUCUAUCCCCGAAGUUUCUGCAAGUAAAUUGCUCUACUAUUAUAAGUGGAAUGUCUCCCAACUUCACGACGAGUGGUUCGCCGACGAGGAGAAAGUCCGUACCGCCGUCGGUUUACCGAGCGACGCCGUAUCGAUUUCAGGUACCGACGAAUUGAUUACUUGUGGGAUCUGUUUUGACCCGUUUCCAAUUGAAGAAUUUCAUCAGAUGGUUUGUGGUCAUUGGUAUUGUAAAUUGUGCUGGAAAGUGUAUAUAACUACUUCGAUUACUGAUGGACCGGGAUGCUUGUUGUUGCGGUGUCCGGAGCCGUCGUGUAAGGUGGCGGUGUGCAGAGAUAUGGUGGAGGAGUUGGUGGCGGAGGAAGAGUGGGGGAAGUAUCGUCGUUAUUAUCUGAGGUCGUAUGUGGAGGAGAGUAAGAAGAUAAAGUGGUGUCCUAUGCCUGGGUGUGAGAAUGCAAUUGAGCUUGAAUUAGGGAAUGAUUUAUUUGAUGUUGCUUGCCUUUGUUCAGGUACAUUCUGUUGGAACUGUGGACAAGAUGCACAUCGUCCUGUACACUGUGACACCGUAGCUAAGUGGGUGUCAAAGAACAGCUCAGAAGCCGAGAACACGAACUGGAUAUUAGCACACUCGAAACCAUGUCCAAAGUGUAAACGCAGCAUUGAGAAGAAUCAUGGGUGUAUGCAUAUGACAUGCACACCACCCUGCAAUUUUCAGUUCUGUUGGCUUUGUCAGGGUGAUUGGAGAGAACACAAUGAAAAAACAGGGGGUUUCUAUUCCUGUAACAAAUACGAAGUUGCAAAAUCGAAAGGAUUGUUGGAUGAAGUAGAAAAGGUCAGAGAAAUGGCGGAAAACUCUUUGAAUCGAUACACACAUUAUUACGAAAGGUGGGUAGCUAAUCACAAGUCGAGGGAUAAAGCAAUUGCAGAUUUGAACGCGUUAGAAACUGGGAUUCUGCAGAAUCUUAGGGAUAAGACAUUGGAAUCAGAAGGGCAACUCAAAUUCAUAAAAGAAGCUUGGGAACAGAUUAUUGAAUGUAGAAGAGUAUUGAAGUGGACUUAUGCUUAUGGUUAUUAUAUACCUGAAGAUGAACAGGUUAAGAAACAGCUUUUUGAGUAUAUUCAAGGAGAAGCUGAGGCUCAGCUUGAAAAGCUGCAUAAUCAAGCAGAAAAGGAACUGAAUAAUUUUCUGGAGAAAGAUGAAGCAGAUUUUGGUGUGUUUCGUCAGAAGCUUGUUGGUUUAACUGCUGUUUCUCAUUCCUACUUUACAAAACUGGUUGCAUUCUUUGAAACUCAGAAGUGGUAGGCUAAAUUAAAUAGGGUCUUAAAUUAAGAACCAUUAAGACUUCUAAUACUAUUAUGUGUUACUAAUUAUGGCCCUAAUUCUGGAAUGUUUAUCUGUAAAUGUAAGCUAUAUGACAGCAGGUUCAAGAAACAACUCCAAAAACAGGUUAUGAAUUGUUUUACUUGUUUUUGAAGAAUUGUUCAUGGUUUAUUCGUGUAUAUUAAUCGGAUUUAAUA